AUGUCCUCGUACGGAGAGGUUCACGCCAUCCGUCGAGGACACUGGCAGCAACAUCGGAAUUGGGAAAACGGCAACCGGCACCUACGUAUGGAGAUAGACAGAAAGAUACCAUCGUACAUCACGGUGAACGGGUUUCAACUGGUUGUCAAGUACACAGGACAGAAAGAAACGUGUAGAAAGUGCUCAGAAGAGGGGCACAAGGCCGCCACCUGCCCCAACAUCAGGUGUAAUUCAUGCCAACAAAAUGGACACAUGAGAAAAGACUGCCCGCAGUCGACCGAUUGCACGAACUGCAAAUCAACUGAACACACGACGCAGCUAUGCCCGCACACCUACGCUAACCGAGUCAAGAAGUCACCAUUAAUUUCUGAACAAUCUUCAGGGGAAGACGAAGAAAAACAGACACAACCGGAACCGCCACAACCACCGAGACUCAAGAGAAAGAAACGACGUAACGAAAGGGAGAACAAACCUGACGCACCCUCCAGUACAAAAGAACCACUACAACCUCAGCCUGGACCUUCAAAACAACAAGAACAAACACUAGCAAUGGACGGCACAUACAGAGAAACCCGGGAACCAGUGAACUCCGACUCAAUCAGCGGAGACGAAACGGACAACCCAGAGGAGAGAAAGAGACUGAAGAAAUACUUCAAAAGACACAUCCCCGCAGAAUCGUAUCGAGAAGUCUGCACUUGGAGUAACAUGGAGAUGAAACGACGGAUAAGCAGGUUAGGAGUAUGGGAGAACUACCAGUUAUUCUUUGAAAUGGGCUGCAAAACCCCAUGA